CCAUCAUCUGGCUAUGUUCUCCAUGCACCUCUCCAGCCUCUACUGAAGGUCAUUGUGCGAAGCUCUUCGUCCAGCGCUGCCGUCCGCUCCUUCAGCCACUUCACCUUUGUCACUUUUCUCUGAAAAGAGUGAGUGAAUGGACUGCCGUACUUUAUAGUGCUGCGUCAAAAGAGGCGGAGUAGAGGAGAAAAUUCAAUUUUUUGGGGACCGGCGUCGGGGGGGGUGGGAACGUGACGUCCUGAGGAGAGGAGGCCGGCCAUUGGCUGCGCCGACUGCCAGUCCUGCGUGCUGCUGCAGACGGACAGGCCACUCGAUGAAUAUGGAUGAGAGCAGUGAAAAGGGUGAUGCGGCAGGGAAGACCCCCCCCCCUUCAAACCGAUGCAGGCUUGAACAAUGCGUGCCGUCUUUCACUGAAAACACUCAGAGCCUGCAUUAGCAUUUUCUCAGACAAUUGAGGCUCGGGCCAGCUGCAGGCAUGGCUCGGAUGCUGCGGUGAAAUCUCUUUUUCUGCACCCCACUGAUGAAUAAGACCUCGGUGAAAAAAAAAAGGUCGACUGGCCGCAUUCCUCAACACUACCGUUGCACCUAUGCCUAGGCUAAUGUCAGGAGCCCCUUUAGAGAUUGCGCCCCGGCAUUGAUGGCGAUCUGACAGAGGACUUGAGAAGCAGCAGAUCUCAGAAUGGAGGAGGGUGAGUACUUCCUGAAGGUGCUGAUCCCCAGCUAUGCAGCCGGCUCUAUAAUUGGCAAGGGUGGCCAGACCAUCGUACAACUGCAGAAAGAGACGGGUGCCACCAUUAAGCUGUCCAAAUCCAAAGACUUCUACCCCGGAACAACUGAACGAGUCUGUCUGAUACAAGGUACUGUCGAAGCCCUCAAUAGCGUCCACAACUUCAUUGCAGAGAAAGUCCGCGAGAUGCCCCAGAGUGCCCAGAAACCAGAACCUGUCAGCAUAUUGCAACCACAGACGACGGUUAACCCUGACCGCGUUAAACAGGCCAAAUUGAUUGUACCCAAUAGCACCGCAGGGCUGAUCAUUGGUAAGGGUGGUGCCACAGUGAAGGCGGUGAUGGAGCAGUCGGGAGCUUGGGUGCAGCUCUCUCAGAAGCCGGAGGGCAUCAACUUGCAGGAGCGGGUGGUGACCAUCAGCGGAGAGCCAGAACAGAACCGUAAGGCUGUGGAAAUCAUUGUGCAGAAAAUCCAGGAGGACCCUCAGAGCAGCAGUUGCCUGAAUAUCAGCUACUCCAACGUCUCGGGUCCAGUGGCCAACUCCAACCCCACCGGCUCCCCUUACGCCAACACAGCCGAGGUGCUGCCCAACGCAGCCGCAGCAGCUGCCACUGCCUCCAGCCUUCUGGGUCAGGCCGGAUUGACAGGAAUGGGUGCCUUCCCUGCCGCCAUGUCCAGUUUCUCUGGCAACGAUCUGCUGGCCAUCACCUCAGCCCUGAAUACACUGGCUAGCUAUGGCUACAACACUAACACCCUGGGCCUGGGUCUCAACCCCGCAGCUGCCUCUGGAGUCCUCGCUGCAGUGGCAGCUAGUGCCAACCCAGCUGCUGCCGCUGCAGCUAACCUACUGGCCUCCUACGCUAAUGAUGCCUCCAGCAGUGCCGGCCACCCCGCUACAGGCCUCGGUGGGUUCUCCCUGGGCUCGCUAGCAGCUGCUACUGGAGCUUCCAACGGUUACCUAAAUGCUUCAUCCCCAUUGAUGGCUUCCUCCCUGUUGGCAACAGAAAAGUUGGCAGACGGAGCCAAGGACGUGGUUGAAAUUGCUGUGCCCGAGAAUCUGGUGGGCGCCAUUUUGGGGAAAGGAGGGAAAACACUGGUAGAGUACCAGGAGCUGACAGGAGCCCGCAUCCAGAUCUCCAAAAAAGGAGAGUUCAUUCCAGGUACUCGGAACCGUAAAGUUACAAUAACAGGGUCGCCGGCCGCUACACAAGCAGCGCAGUAUCUGAUCAGCCAGCGGAUCACGUACGAGCAGGGCGUGCGCGCUACCAACCCACAGAAGGUGGGCUAAAACGAAAGCGAAGACAAAAGAAGGAAAGGAUGAAGACAGAGAAUAGAAAGGAAUUAAGAGAGUCAAGAAGAAUAGAAAAAAAGAAAUGUCCAAAUAUAUGUUCAAUAUUUCAGUAUCAAACGAGAGAAUUACAAAGGAGGAGGUGGGGGGAGACAACCAAGAUAAGUGUGUGUGAUUUGUGAGUGUGUUUUUAGGACAGAAGUCCUGAUGUUUUUUAAAAGUUUGUGUCAAGUCCUUUUGACAAUGGUGAUCAGAGUAAGCUGAACUGGUCCACUGCCAAGUUGCAGAUUCAGGAGUGAGGCUGCGGAGUCUCACCCUCCUCUAAAACCUCAUUACUGUUUUCAUUUUGUUCUUUUUUUUUUUUUUUUUUUUUUGUUUUUUUUUUUUUUUGUUGGAUUUAAGUCGGUUUGAGACCUCGGCUCCCGGUGAGCUGAGCGUAUCAGAUGAAGAUCCGGCCAGCUAAUAGAGCUGUUUUACAAACCUUGCUCUUUGUGUUCAAUGCAGAAGGCAUUGUUACCAAGGGAGAGGUUUUAUGACAAGCACCUGAGCUCAUCUCAGCUAUUUAGGGCAGCAAUCCAAGUAUAAUUUCUUUACAAGCAAACAAAAGCGCAUCUAUGUUGACGUGUGUCGAAUUCUAGCUCAUUUCAUGACUGAAAUGACAAAAAAUUUGGGUAUUUUAUAUUUUCAUCCUUUAACUUAUUGACAUAGUCUCAUUCAAACACAAGUAGAUUAUUUAAACCUGCGAACGCAGGUUGAUCUGAAUGUAAAAACAAUUUUAGCCUGUUGCUAUUUUUUUAAUUUUUUUUUCCUUUCCAGGGAUCAAACGUUGUGUUGCAGUGAAAGAAAUGUAUAACUCAAACCCAGUCUGAACUGUGCUCUUGCCGUCUGCAGGUAUAGUUCAGGGGUUGAAGAAUCAAUGCGAGAGGACAGAGGAGACACACAGGAAUGUAUAAUCUAUAUUUUAACACAGACACACAUAGAGAACGCUCCCACAAACGCACAAACACUAGAACAUCAUUUCAUAUUCAGCCACUGCUACAAACACAAAGAAAUAUGUUGUUGACGAACCCUUUCUUGGUGCUAUAGGCUUAGAUUUGUACCUCCUGUACCGUGGAAUUCAAACGUUUCCACAACUUGAGUUUUUACUUGAUUCGAAGUAGCCGUCGUGUUGUCCAGCCAUUGGUAGCCCACUGGAUCUGACCCGGCUUCUUACCUAAUGACAAUUGAUUGAAUUCAGAAUAUUUUGUGAGUCAAAGCAGUCCGGCUGUUCUAAUAUGAGUCCAUUGUUUUAUAACACAAGCCGAACAUCCUGCAGUAGAUAACACCUGACAUACUUAUUUGCCUUAGCCAGACAUUCGUGACACCCAAGAAUUAUCUACAGGCUCAGACUUCCUGGAAGCAGUGGCAGUUCGCGAAGAGAACAAAAGCACUACAAAAGCAUUUUUUUUAUAAGAAGAGCUGUAAGAACCUACAUCUGUGAACAAAGAAGCUAUUGCCUUUUCUGUAAGGGUACCAAAUAGUCCCAACGUGGAGCAGAAAGCGAAGUUUUGGAGUCACUUUUCUGUGAGAAAUGCUUCCUAAUUGACAUGCCGACAAGAGAAAUUUCUGCAGCUCACUUAAGCAGAAUAUUAUUGUUCCCAACGUACGUUAAUGCUCGAGUGGAGCAUAUAAUGAAACGUGACGUGUUUUUUGGAUUGUUGUCUUUUAUUGCCACUUUGCUUGUCUUGACAGUGGCAGGCCAAAUGUCUGAAGCACUCCAAGAUUACUUUGCAUCUGACCCCCUCUGUGCUGCUAUCCAUAGCGUUCAUCCUGAGUCUGCUGGCUCUCUAAAGACUGCACUGUGAGGCAUUUAGACCGCAAUGUAAAGUGUGUCUGUCCUGCUAGGGGUGUGAAUACAUCUUUAUAUGCACAUUUAUGUCACAAGAUCAAAACCAAUCUGCAGAGCCGGCCCAACGCUCCAAACAUGGCCAUCUUGUCUCUAUUAGGUUAGCAUAUCAAGGACAUGCCAAUUUUUUAAAAAGACGUUAGCAUAUAGCCUCCAUCCCAAGUUUCUUUGACAAACCUUUAUCCAAGGGCAUAGCCUAAGUAAACUACGUAGAGCUCCAAGGCCAGCAGGGGGCCCCAGAGAGCACUUGACUUCUCAAAGCGUCAAAUAUGCAUCAGUGUUUAGAAAGCAUAUGUCUAUCUUUAACGUCGCUCAGAAGAUUUAGCAAUUUCUAAAAGAGUUUUAAAUUCUUUUAAAAAUUUAAAUUAAAUGUUGUCUUUAAAAAAAUGUAUUUAUUUUUAUUUUUAAGAUCUGGCAAAUGUAGUAACUGAAGUCAUGUGGAGAGAAAUGGUCUUUGAUUCCAGCAGUAGUCCUGGAACGCAAUUAUUCAAAUUAAUUGGAAGUUUUCUAAUUAAUGUUGAUUAAUCUAUUUUUUUUAAUCAGCGAUACUUGGCAAGUUUGUCAAUCCUAAUUGAUUUUGGCUCAUGACUAAAUCAGUGAGUAGAUUUCUACAUGUUUUAAGUGAUCAGGUCAGAUAUAGAUUUGCUUUCUUUGGCUCUGAAGUCUAGGUGUAGGCUGUACACAACCAUGUUCUUGUUUCAGCUGCCUUUGUGGGGGAAAAAACCAAAAUAUUUCCGCCCAACAAACCAAGCCAAGUCCUCCAUCACUGUUCACCAAGCUCACACAUGUCCUGUUCAUUGACUUUAGACUUAAGGUGCAUUACUGCCUCCUACUGGGCUGGAGGGUGUGGAACAGUUUUACCAAUGUGCCAAAAACUUAAGAGAACUGCAAUUAAUGCAGUCGUUUUUUUUUUACCCACAAUUUUGUCUAUGUUUAAUUAAUCAGAAUUAAUACGAUUAAGUUCUAGUUAAUGGUCUUAAUGCUAGUUUUUUUUUUUUUUUUGUUCAUUUUUUUCUUUGUCCUGCUUUUGUCUACGCUGGUGCCUAACAGACAAAUAAUGUGAAUAAAGCAAAUAAUUUGAAGGUCGAGUGAAACACACUCUGUGAUUAAGAAGUAACUGUUGUCUUAUUACUAAAGAAUGAACAAGAAAACAAUCAAGCUUGGGCAGUUUAAAGAGGCGUUACUGGUGCCUUGGUGGAGGGGCUUAACUGGAAUCGGGCCCCAAAUGAAAUUCUGCUUGGGGCCCCGUACGGUCUUGGGCCGGCUCUGCCUUACUGUACCAACAGAGAGGAUUUCUCCACACAUGUAUUUAUUACACCUGCGUCUUUUGACUUUUUUUUCCCCUUUACUAAAUUUACCCAUCUAAUACCGACCCAAACUGAACCUCCCCGGUCGUCGUACGUCCGCCUCCCUGUUGCUCUAAGGGACAUUUCCGAUAUAGUCGCCAUCAAGCCAAGCUCUGUGAUCAGCUUCCUUAAUGCAAAGCUGUGAGGGUUGGUGCUGAGUUGUGUGAAAGAAAUUCAGACGUUCCCAGUUUUCAGGAGAAUCUGAUGAAUGGACGUUUUUGUUUUUGACGAAUCGUGUGUGGAAGAAAAAAAAAGAGAGAGAGAGAAGUAAGCAGAUUUCAAACUACUUUCAAGCAACUCUUUGUGUGUCAACAUUCUGCGUGGCAAUACAAGCGGUGGGCCUUUCUUCCCAGCUCACGUCUCUUCCUUUCACUCUGUGCUUGGAAGGACUCACAGUCAUCCAUAACUACAAUCUGGCCACCUGUGAAAUCAUUGCAUAAGCGAACCUUUUACUGCCCGAGAUUUUAGCAUAUAAUAAGAUAAAAGCACAAAACAAGGGGGUGUUUUAUCAAUGCAACUGGACUGUUGGACUCCAGAGAGCUUCUCCUUCAGAGCUCCCUGAUCCAUACAUUGUGCCAAAAUCCGUUUCCUCUCCCUCCCAUUAACGUUCCUCUUCCUCCCGAUGUUUUCGUUCCCCUGCACGCCCUCCCGUCUGCGUUCUGAGGCUCCUCCUGCGUCCCCAAGCCGCCUCCGUCUGUCCGUCCUUCCCUCCUUACACUGUGCUCUCCCCCUCUUUCUCCUUCCUCUUGUCUUGUCGUCUCAUGGGCGAUGUGUUGGACGCGCCGUGGGUGGGAGUUAUGCACUACGGGGUUGUAGGGGUAUGAAAAUGUUUUCCCAGGCCGCAGAGUUCACAAGGCUAAAAAUGCACAGAAAAACACCUGCCUCCAAAACUGUGACACCCACCGAGACCAACCAGCAAACGUUAGCUCAAAAGUGUCAAUUUUUUUUUUUCCUCAGCGGGAAGAACGAAGAAAGAUUUUGUGGGUUGGGGGGAAUAGGUUUGGCCUUUUAAAAGGAAGGAAAAAAAUUUUAGUUUGUUUUUAUUUUUAUUUUAUUUUAUUUUUUUCAAAACUAAAAGGCAAAUCUUGGCAGAACGAAUAUCAAUCCGAUGGCCGAGCUCGAGCUCUAAACAAAAAUAUUUCGGACAGAAUGCAUAAGACACGCGAGAGAGAGAGAGCAACGUGGGAACUUGUUUGUGACCUCAAGCCGAAACAGUGACAUCCUUUAUGCAUAUCCUGUUAUCUGAAAAAUGACUAGAGCUCAUUUCUGUGGAAUACAAUAUGUCACGUCAUAUGAUCUAUAUGUACUUUAUUGUAGCUAUUCUAGUUUGUAGUCCAAAUGCAGUCCAGCGUUGUCAAUACAAUGUGAAAACUAUGUUAUAUUUGUGUGGAUGAUGAGAGUGCCAACUAAGCCUGACUAAGAUUAGCUUCGCAGUUUGUUUGUGCAUUAUGAUGCCUCAUCAUCGAGCGGCGGUGUCCAUAUUUCUGUCACUGAUGAUUUAGUUUGACAGUAAGAAAAAUGUUAAGAAUAUUGGAAGCAAUAUAGUAGCAUGUUGUCCUGUUUUGUGUUUUAUGUCUGUUGUAUGAACCUUUGAAAUUACUAAGAUUUUGAAUGAAUAGGUUUACAUGUACUUCUUUUUGUAAGUUAUGAAAAUGCUGCUAUUUGAUAAGUAAACUAUACAAAAAUAUUUUAGUGGAAAAGAUGUCUGGUCUGUUGAUUAGAGCUCCGACGGGGUGGAGCGUUAAGCCGAGGUGUAUAGAGCGCUAUACAGUAUUGGUAAGAUAGUAAAAGUAAUAAAUAAUAGACUCCAUAGUAUGACCUGUGCCAAACUAGACCUCCGCAGCUUCUGAAUUUGUAGAUGUGCGAUCAAAUGUUAGAUAUCAAUAACUUGUUUAGAAGUGCUGAUCAAGUGCCAAUCAAACACUUAUCUUUUAAGUUAAGAAAAGAUAAUCAAACGCAUUACUUAAGAAAACAAAGGACAAAGAACUUUUUUGUGCAUUGUUUUAUCCCAUAGGUACAUAGAGUAAGAGUUAAAGGUUGUGAUUUUUAUGGAUCCAUGUUGUUUUACACUCCAUGCAUCCCUCGUGUGUUCGUUUGACCUGUGGCUUAAGUACCGCUGUUUUUUCUCACAAAUGUCUCUAUAGGCCAGCAUGGACUAAGCAUAACAUGUUAUAAGCAUCCAUAACAUAGCCAUUAACAAUCAAACGAUGUGUUUGUGGAGUUCGGUGUUAUCUUUUUUGCACGUCUUCUAUUGCAUGGUAUCAAAGUAAAAAUUAUGGAGGAAAAAAAAGAAAAAAUGGGGGGGUAAAAAAAAAAAAGUCUAAAAAUUUUGCGAGGAGUCUCGCAACAUUCAGAGACAUAAACGCUGCAUGCAGUCAAAUGUAUAUCUCUUUGAGUUGAACUCACCUCAUGUUAAAACUGUUGGAUCCUUAUGUUGUGAGUUGGGAGGGAGCUCAUUAUCGUCAUGUUGGCCCAAAAAAAAAAA